AUGAUACGCUCUAGGUCAUCUGGCCGGUUGAAAAUCAGUCCCGAAGUUAGUUUCGAGUUCACAGCCGAUGAUCUGGAAGACCAAGGCCAGAUCGGCCAAGGAAGUUUUGGGACCGUCAAUAAGAUGAUGCACAAAAAAUCAGGCAAAGUUAUGGCUGUAAAGAGAAUGCGGUGCACCGUCGACUCCAAAGAACAAAAGCAACUACUGAUGGACUUGGACGUGAUCAUGCGAUCUGACGAAUGUCCAUACAUCGUUCAGUUUUACGGAGCUAUCUUCAAAGAGCACAUUAAUUAUUUCGUACCGUUGUUGCUCUCCUGUUGUUUGAUCAAACGUGCUCGAUUGCAGGGUGAUUGUUGGAUCUGCAUGGAGCUGAUGGAUAUUUCACUCGAACGAUUCUACAAGACAGUGUACGAAAAGUCUCAUCAACGCCUGCCUGAACGCAUCAUCGGGAAAAUCGCGGUUGCCACUAUCAAAGCCCUUAGUUACCUGAAAGACAAGCUCAAUAUUAUUCACCGUGACGUGAAGCCUAGCAACAUUUUGUUGAAUAAAGAAGGCCGCAUUAAACUCUGUGAUUUUGGAAUAGCCGGCUAUUUGGUUGACUCGAUAGCGAAGUCAAACGACGUCGGUUGCAAACCGUACAUGGCGCCUGAACGAAUCGAUCCACAAAAGGGCCAGUGCUACGAUGUACGGUCAGACGUAUGGAGUCUCGGGAUUACUCUGGUCGAAAUCGCCACCGGACAGUUUCCCUAUCCACCGUGGAACUCAGUUUUUGAUCAGUUGCAGCAGGUCGUUCAUGGCGAUCCUCCGUUGCUCAGCCCAAAAGACUACGCCUUUUUUAGCUUGGAUUUUAUUUACUUUGUGAAUAGUUGUCUUAUCAAGGAUGAAAAUCAAAGACCAAAGUACAAGCAGCUGAUGGUUAGUAGAUCAUAUCAUAUUUUUAUAUUUUUAUGAAA